UUGAACCUGGCAACCUGCAUUUAAUCUGUCACACAUUUUGUCAUUGGGCAGGACAACAUCAAUUCAUGUUAGUAACAAUAUUCUACGCAAGGUCACCUAACAGCAGAAGGUAUGGGCUCAGGAGAGAGUACGACCCGGAAAGUGUCUUUCGGUGUCGAUGAUGAGGACCGAGUCAGGAUUCUUCGUGGUGUCAAGCUGUCAGAAGAUGUUCUCCAGAGGAUGAGAGGAGUAGCCAACAUCGCUCCAGACCGCCCAACCUCACCAGCCUCACCAACCUCAAGCCCUCAGAAAGACACAGGUGCCUCUCGCAGCGCUAGCUCAAGCCCCCCUCCCCAGCAGAGCCCCAAGAAGCAGGCCCAGCCCGGCUCCCAGCCCGGCCCCCAGCCCGGCCCCCAGCCCAGCCCCCAGCCCGGCCCCCAGCCCGGCCCCCAGCCCAGCCCCCAGCCCAGCAGUAGCAAACCUGCCUCCUACGCUAAGGAAGAGCAGAAAAGGUAUGAACGGCAGCAGGCUGCACUGAAGGCGGAACAGGCCAAAGUGGAGAAAAGAGAGAAAGAUUCAGCAAGAGAGGAGAUGACCAAAGCCUUGAUGCAGAAACGCAUGGAAGCUGAGCACGCCCAAAAACUGUCUCCAGAUGAGAUAGAUAUGAUGGCUCAGCAGCUACAGAAGAAAGAUGCUCAGCUGAAAGCGUUGGAUGCUUUCUACAAGGAGCAGAUGGCACAACUGGAGAAGAGGAAUUCAGAAAAAUACAUACAGAGCAAGGAGGAAUUCCACAGUGCUGCCUCCAAGACGGAAGCAAAUGUGAGGUCUCGCAAUAUGAACCCGGUAUGUUCUGGCCUGCAGGCUCAGAUUCUAUCAUGCUACAGGGAUAACGGAGACCAGACCCUAAGGUGUUCCGACCUGGCCAAGCAAUACAUGCAGUGUAUCAAUGCGGCAAAGAAGAACCUGCUGGUCAAUCACGGAUGAAGAGUGGCAGGAAAAGGGUAAAAGUGUUAUUGACGUAGGCUUUCACUUUGGCACUAGGAGCGGCACUUGUUGCUUUCCUGUUUGGAAUUAUGAGAGAGAUUUGCUGUUAGCAUGCCAUGUUUUAAAAGAAAAAAGUUCUUAUUAUGCUAUUUAUCUGCGGUAUCAUCUGGUAAAGUUGCUUUAUUAUUCUGCACUGUUAUAUUCUGCAGGGAAAGCUUUUCGAAAGAGAAAUGAGUGAGUAUUAGAUUUAUGGUCGGAGUCGGUACACUUUCUAUUCAGUCAUUCACAAGAUCAGCGGAAAGUAUUUCUGAGAUUUGUGCUGUGAAGAUCAUUCAGGGUCAUCAUCUGAAUGUGAGAUUCAGUUUUCGUCCAAACCUCUGCUUCCUUUGUCGGUAUGAAAAGGAAGGAAAUCAUUUCAGGUGUGAGAUGAAGAGUGCAUAGGGACCGUCCUUGUUUUGAUUUUUGACUGAAAAAGAAGAACUGAUUCGGUUUUAUCGCUAUUGAGUUUGUUGGUUUUAUAUUUUUUUAACAACACAGGAAUAAGCUCAGGUAAUCUUGGCCAUGACUUAAAUCCACCAAACCUGUGAUGUAUUGUAUGAUUUUAUUAAACCAUUCAUAUCCGGUA